AUGAUGCCGAGCAACCUGCUCAACUCUCGGGGCCUAGUGGCCAUCCCACCAGGUCCGCUACUGGGCAGCACGCUGGCGCUUGUGGUGUUCUGGGUCAUGCGCCACGGCCGCGAGCGCCGACUCAGCUGGACCAGCACGCCGCUGCCUCCUCGCGGAUACCGUACCCUUCCGACGGCUUCAGCGUCUCAGUCGCCGGUUCGAGUGGGCAUGAUGACGGACCAGCCGACGGAAGGCUCACCCGCGUUCUACGAGUGGGUUUGCGCCAUGACCUCGAGGUUCCGCGGCAAGCCGUGGCUGCUGCAUCUCCCGGGAAGACCCGACGUGCUGGUGGUGAGCUCUCCGACCUCCUUCGAGGACAUCCAGCGGACGUUCGCACUGCAGUUCGAGAAGGUCGACAACGACGCUGAAGGGCUCGCACACGAUGCGCAUGGCGGGGCUAUCGCGUUCAUAUAUACUGGGCAGGUGCGGCCUUCCGUGAACAUGCAGCGCCAGCUUGCAUCGAGUGUGUUAAGCUCCGCGGCAUUGCGUCAACAGGCUUCAGUGCUGGUGAAGCACCACCUUCAAUCGCUCUUGAGGAUUCUAGACGACACAGCAAGCAGUGGUGACCCACUGGAUGUGACGAGGCUCAUGCGGUCGUUCGCAAUGGAGGUGUUCACUGAGCUGGACUUCGGUCUUCAGCUCGGAGCGCUGCGCUCUAGACGCGGUGAGUGCAGCGAUCUAGAGCAAGCGGUUGACGAGGUUCAAAGGCGAGUGGCUGAGAGAUUGAAGCGACCCGCAGUCGCGUGGAAACUCGAGCGACUGCUUGACGUCGGAAGUGAGGCAGCUCUGAGUCGCAGCGUCGACGUGGUGAGUAGGAUAACGCUGGGAGCUGUGGACACGAAGAGGAAGCGGCGUCGAGGGGGCAGUCCUUGUGACAGUCCCAUUGCUGGAGCUCGUGUGGACAUGCUCGACCUGCUUCUGAGCCAGAAGUGCAGCAGCAAGAGCUCCAAGGAUCCAGAGUUCCUGGCUGAGUUCGUGCUGGGUCUUGUCGUGGCAGCGAGGGACUCAAUGGCUCAUGCGUUGAGCAGUUGUCUGCAGUGUCUCGCUCGACACCCGGAAGAGCAGGAGAAGCUCGCGCGUGAGUUGAAGGAAGCAGAAGAAGAGGACAGAGACCUUCAAUCCGUCGUGUACCUCGAAGCUGUGGUAAAGGAGGCUCUGCGAUUGUAUCCGGCCAAGCCGUUCAUUCGACGCCGAGCCAGAAUCGACACAGUGCUCAGUGAUGGGACCUUUGUAGCUGCUGGGGCAAAAGUAGCCAUGGACUUGUACAGCAUGGCUCGACGGGAGAACGUCUGGGGCCAGAACAGCGCGCAGUUCCGUCCGCAGCGCUGGAUCGACUCGACGAACGGAAAACUGCGUCCGACGUCCAACUACAAGUUCAACGCCUUCCUUGGCGGACCAAGAGCGUGCUUGGGGGCCGACAUGGCCAUGACCGAGAUGAAGACGGUGCUCGCAAAGGUGAUCGGUCGAGUUCAUCUCGACGCAGUUGAGCCCAGAAUGGCCGAGAAGGAUAAGACCAAGGCAUGGGACGCAGCAUGCGAUGCAGCCGUGAGAGUUCUGGUUCGGCGACGCGGUCCCAGUCCCCCCGGGCAGUACAGCUAG